AUGUGGGCAUACGGACUGCUACUGAGGCGGGGGAAACCGACGCCCCCGGCGGGGGAAACCGACGCCCCCGGCGGGGGAAACCGACGCCCCCGGCGGGGGAAACCGACGCCCCCGGCGGGGGAAACCGACGCCCCCGGCGGGGGAAACCGACGCCCCCGGCGGGGGAAACCGACGCCCCCGGCGGGGGAAACCGACGCCCCCGGCGGGGGAAACCGACGCCCCCGGCGGGGGAAACCGACGCCCCCGGCGGGGGAAACCGACGCCCCCGGCGGGGGAAACCGACGCCCCCGGCGGGGGAAACCGACGCCCCCGGCGGGGGAAACCGACGCCCCCGGCGGGGGAAACCGACGCCCCCGGCGGGGGAAACCGACGCCCCCGGCGGGGGAAACCGACGCCCCCGGCGGGGGAAACCGACGCCCCCGGCGGGGGAAACCGACGCCCCCGGCGGGGGAAACCGACGCCCCCGGCGGGGGAAACCGACGCCCCCGGCGGGGGAAACCGACGCCCCCGGCGGGGGAAACCGACAAUCGGUGUGUGCCUCAUGGUUGA